UGCUGCUUCUCAGUUGAAAAGAAAGAAUUUUGUGCUCAACGCCUGCCAACUAGUCCUCUCACGCCCUUCAAAGGACCCAGACAGAUUCAUGACUCUAGACACUGCUGCCAUCUAGAAUCCGGGUAUCGCGUUCAUGUGCUUCCCAAGCAUCUUCACCUCUCAAGUGAGUCCCGUUGUGCCCCUCGACGAGCCCACUGAUAAGCUCCUCGAACCCUGGCGUGACAACGGCAAACACGUCAACCACGGUAUCUGUGGGAAGCUCUGCUAACACUACUUUGCUCAUAGGAUUACAUCAGUGGUACUUACGACCCUCCGUCCCAACAUUUGAUGUUGCCGUCUCUCUGACUGUCAUGAUAGAUCAUUUGUGGAAGGCUCAAGCCAACUAGCGGUCAAGAAAAGAACAAGGGAAAAACACAGUCAUAAUUCUUCCUUACAACCAUGUUUUCUCGACUAUUGAAACCAUCGGGCCUCGUGCCCAAGACGAGCAGUAUCAUCUCAAGCUCCUCUGCCCUGCGAGCCCGAUCUCUCGCAACCGUGUCGAACAAUACGCCUCGACAGCAAGACCUUCCUCUGCACAAGCAGUACAAGCACACCGCCCCUGCACACGAACGAGCCACAUUCACCAUCCGAAACGGUCCCAUCUUCCACGGCACGUCGUUUGGUGCUCGAAGCAACGUUUCAGGAGAAGCCGUCUUCACGACUUCGCUCGUGGGAUAUCCUGAGUCAUUGACCGACCCUUCCUACCGAGGACAGAUUUUGGUGUUUACACAGCCCUUGAUCGGCAACUAUGGCGUGCCAUCAAACGUCCGAGACGAGCAUGGCCUCCUGAAAUACUUUGAGAGCCCCAACAUCCAGGCCGUCGGUGUCGUCGUUGCGGACGUGGCUGAAAAAUAUUCCCAUUGGACUGCCGUGGAGAGCUUGAGUGAAUGGUGUGCCAGGGAAGGUGUCCCGGCCAUUACCGGGGUGGAUACUCGUGCUAUCGUGACGUACCUACGAGAGCAAGGUUCCAGCCUGGCCAGAAUCACCAUCGGCGAGGAGUACGAUCAGGAUCAGGAUGAGGCUUUCGUCGACCCUGAACAGAUCAACCUUGUCCGAAAAGUCAGCACAAAGGCACCAUUCCACGUCAGUGCUCCCAACCCAAAUGCACACAUCGCCGUGCUAGACUGCGGUGUCAAGGAAAACAUCCUUCGCAGCCUGGUCAGCCGAGGAGCCAGUGUCACCUGCUUCCCUUUCGACUAUCCCAUCCACAAGGUUGCUCACCACUUUGAUGGUGUCUUCAUCUCCAACGGUCCAGGUGAUCCGACCCAUUGUCAGGACACUGUCUACCAUCUUCGAAAGUUGAUGGAGACUUCGCAAUUGCCCAUCUUUGGUAUCUGCCUUGGUCAUCAACUCCUAGCUUUGGCUGCUGGUGCCAGGACCAUCAAGCUCAAGUAUGGUAACCGAGCACACAACAUUCCGGCUCUGGAUCUCACAACUGGCAAAUGCCAUAUUACCAGCCAGAACCACGGUUAUGCCGUCGAUGCAUCGACCCUGCCCAAGGGCUGGAAGCCAUAUUUCACAAACUUGAACGACAACUCGAAUGAAGGUUUGAUCCACGAGUCUCGACCCAUCUUCUCUACUCAAUUCCAUCCUGAGGCCAAGGGCGGUCCUCUUGAUUCGUCGUAUCUCUUCGACAUGUACUUGGACAAUGUGCAAAAGUACAAGCAGGGUGAAGCUGCUUUCCAACCCACUCGUGACAGCAAACCAAGUCCCCUUUUGGUUGAUUUGCUGGCCAAGGAACGUGUGGGUGUUGACCUCACUCAGGGUAUUCGAAACAUGAUGGCAUCGACCAGUCAAGAGCCUGAACGAGUUUAUGCUGCAGGUGCUGCAUGAUGAAUGAGGAUGGCAAAUGAUGGACCUUUGGUGUUGUAGGUGACGAGCUUUUGUUUUUAGGGUUAUCAGCAAUCUUUAAAUGAUGGUUUGAUAGUUUCGUUUUUGGAAGUCAAUACAUUAUUGAGCAAUG